AUGAUCUACAGGGUGAUUGCUGGUUUGUUUAUGGUGCAGAAUCUCUUUGCAAGAGUUUCUGUGGAAGAUAUAAGAAGAGCGCAUGAAACUAAGAUAAAAGGAAGCCAACAGCUAUUCAUUAACUCAGAGGGGCCUCUGAAUCUGCUAUGCGGAUAUAUGGGCUUCCAAAACGGAUACAUGUACAACAAGCGGUUUUUUUCUCCAAAAAUAGAAACAGACUAUGCGUUGUAUGAAGAUGGAUUAGCAGCUGACGGCACACAGGAGUAUGGAUUUACAAGAACGCCUGCAAAUGACAAGAUACACAAAGAGCUGGGUGUUAGUGGCUCUGAUGGAAGAUAUCUCAGCGCGUACCAUGCACAGCUCUUAAAGAUGUUUCCAUCCGAGCAUGGAGACCUCUCAAUUGAGACUACCCGGCCAAAUGCACUUACAAACUUCUUAAGGGCAGACCAUGUUAAGCAGGAUGCCAAGUACAUCCUUGCCGCUCUGCUGCUUCUUUCAGAAGAGAUUGACGUCCAAAUAGGCGUGGACCACUCAGGGGAGAGAAAGAGACUUGUCAUAAAGAGCAAGACAUGCAAGGGAAAAAAGUUUGCAGAUGUAGAGCUGUACGCGGCAGGCAUUGACCCAGCUACAAAUCUGCGCAUCGACAGCAUUUACCAAAGUGAAGUGGAAGAGAUUGUCAACUUCUGUGUACGGUGCAAAGACAGAAUAGUAAUUAGAAAAGCACCCGCAUUUGUAAUGCCGUCCAGCCAGGAGGCAUUUGACACUGGAGACUUUUUGAACAGCUUAGAGUUUCUCAUGCAGACGUACAUUUAUCACUUCAUUGACAGCCUUGCGGAGUAUGCAAGUUUUGUGGAGGCAGUGCAUGAGCUGCUUCUUGACCAAAUGACGGAAGAGGAGAAGAGCAAGCUUCUCAUUGGCCAGAGCGGUGCUAAGGAAGAGCAGCAGGCUGCCAUAGACCAAUAUAACACAGGAAAUGCAAGUAGCAAUAAGAAAAGCCAAACAUCAGCCUAA